AUAUUCACUCACUGGACUGGAACUCAUCAUGGUGCGUAAUGUGGAUGACCUGGACUUCUGCCUGUCCUCCCAUCCUCAGAGCAUCCUGGAAGGCUUGCGUUCUCUCUGCUCUCACCCCAAACUGGUGGAUGUCACGCUGAGCGCAGGUGGCAGGGAUUUUCCUUGUCACAGAGGAGUGUUGGCACUUUGCAGCUUGUACUUCCGCUCUAUGUUCUCAGGAGAUUUUCUGGAGAGCAUAGCCGCACGUGUGGAGCUCCAGGAUGUCGAUCCGAAUAUUCUCGCUUGCUUACUUGACUUUGCCUACACAGGUAAGCUGACGAUCAACCAGAGCAACGUGGAGGGCCUGAUCUGUACCUCCAGCCAGCUGCAGUUCCAGACGGUGCGAGCGGUGUGCAGCCGAUACCUGCAGCACCAGAUUGACGGCACAAACUGCCUGGGGAUCCUGGAGUUUGGGGAGAUCCACGGUUGCCCUGAAGUGGUGGCCAAAGCCUGGGCCUUCCUCCUGGAGAACUUUGAGGCUGUUCAACAAGGCGAGGAGUUUCUGUUACUGGAAAAAGACAGACUGGUCACCUGCUUGUCUGAUGAAGGACUACAGAUCCGCUCAGAGUGCACGCGGGUGGAAGCCAUUCUGAAAUGGGUGGAGCAUCAGAAGGAGGCUCGGUUGUGUCACCUCCCUGAACUCCUCAGCUUGUCACAUCUGUCUCUACUCAGCCUGAACUACCUGACUGACACCCUCUUGAAGGCCAGCGUGGUGCUCGCCUCUCCCAUAUGCAGAGAGGCCAUUGAAAAAAUUCACAGAGAGAAAAUAGAUUUGGCACCAGAAUAUUCUGACAGACUGAACUCUCAGAGUCCACAACUGAACCUGCAGGAAGUGCUGUUUGUGAUGGGAGGUCGGUCACUGGAUGACUCGGAUGACUCAGAUGAGGAUGAAGACGGAGAUCCAAGACUUCAGAGACCACCCUCCAGGAACUGUGCCUUUUACAACACAAAGACUAAAAAGUGGCAUCAGCUGCCCAACUUUCCCAAUCUUGACAAGUGGGGUUACUCCAUAGUGUCCCUGAACAAUGAUGUGUAUGUUACAGGAGGCUCCCGAGGUGCAAACACCAACACCUGGUCAACCACAGAAACCUGGAAGUACAUCACAAGAGAGGGAAAGUGGGUUACCGUGGCACCCAUGCUCCGGCCUCGCACUAACCACACGACAGCAACCCUCAAUGGAGAGAUUUACGUCAUUGGAGGCACAACACUGGACAGAGUUGAGGUUGAGCAUUACGAUCCCUACAAUAACACGUGGACACUGACGUGUCCUGCCUUGAAGUACGUGACUAACUUCACGGCCUCAGCUUGUCAUGGGAAGCUGUAUGUGAUCGGCUCAUGUGCAGUGAAGUAUAAUGCAUUGACCAUGCAGUGCUACAACCCUGUCAUAGAUAACUGGAUUAGUGUAUGGUCACCCUUCAUCCCUAAGUAUUUGUCCUCCCCUCGUUCAGUCUGUGUGGAUGGAAAUAUAUACCUUGUGGCUGAUAACACUAAGAAAGUCUAUUCAUAUGAUCCAGAGGCAAACAUGUGGCAGAAGAUCCAGCCUCUUCACAUGCUCCACGAGAACGGCGGUCUGGUAACUGUGGAUGGAAAGCUGUUUGUCACCGGCGGCCAUUGGAAAGGAAUGGAGGGUGACUAUGGGGUGGAAGUGGAGGUUUACAAUCGGGCGACAAACACUUGGGAAGUGGAGUGCUUCCUUCCAAGACUGUGGUUCUACAGCGGAGUUAGCACCAUCUUCUUAGAUCCAUCCCAAUGGCCUGAGCUUUCUCCAAGAGAUGCAACACAGUGACGCCUUGUCCUGAAACUGAUUAAACUUUUGAGUCAAAGAGUUCAGAGACAUAUUCUUCUUACAUCUGUUGUCAAAGCAUAAAUAAAUUAGUGUCUGUCCCAGGAUCUAACAAGGUUAAGACAGGUCCAAUGGAU